AAGAACCAUUUAAAAGUAGAAAAUAGAAGACGAAGAUCCAUGAACGCGCAUCUCGUUUUGACCACUGUGUUAUACGAAGUGCACGACUGGCGUUCCACAAAUGUUCGGGGCUUGCGACAACGUUUCUUGCGAUCUCGCCCUUUCUACGUUGAAAGAAACACCCCGUGCUCGUUCUCGAGAUCGCCGUGCUCACCGAGAAGGGGAUGCUCAUGGGUUCAAGAAUCAUCUUCCGAAGUGGUGCAGAAGCAAGAAAAGAAGCAAAGAUGACGAAUGGAGAUUGUUGGGAGUAGAUACGGAGAGCAGCCUGCACGUGAACCAGAGGCAAGUGGCAGCAUUGGGGAGACGUACUGAGCAGUCGUUGGUCCACCGCAGAGAUGCUGAUUCGAAAGUGCAUCAGCAACGUCGAGGGCUCUCGGCCAGAAGACACACCAGUGAAAAUUUAGCAGACGAGUCCGGACCCAAGAGCGAAGUGCCUUCUGCACAGGAAAGCGAAAAAUCACAGUGUUGUCGGCGAGUAAGGUCGGCGUCCGAGCCCCCACUGACUCCAUUUGCCACCACGUCAGAGAAACUUUGUCCAGCGGAUCGUGCAAGGAUGGCGUUCCCACCGGGCACAGUGUCUGAACCUUCGCGACCAGGGAGCUGUGUCGUAAAUCACGAUCCCGUUGUAGUAGCUGCCACGAGUGACCAGCUGAAGGAAGCGGACAUGCUCCUGACUCCGAAGGAAAGGACUUCUCUGCGAUCUCUCCUUACUGAUGUGUGUUCAGUACACCACCACCAGAACGCGAUGCAGCGAGAGCAGCGAAGAAGCCACAGAACGAAGGUUUCCAUGGAGACGACAAGGCAGAAGCACUCGUAUGAAGCGGAAGACGCAAUGGAGGGGUCGAGCAAUAUCAAUUUCCCCAGAAGCAUCGAAGUGCUGAUGACAGUGAACCAUUCCUACGGCUUGCAGCAAACCUUCGCGAAGGACGGCUUCAGGAGUGGAACAUCAAAUAUCAGUGUGACGGGACAGAGCAAGGACAUCAUCGCCAUUUCGAAGUCUAAGUUGAUCAUGGUCUCCACGCUGCUUCUGUUCAUCAUCGCCCUCUGUUUCGCCAUUACAAUUUAUAGUUAUUCCGGAACACAUGGUUCUACGAUCGCGUCUCACAAGAUGGCGAACGACAGCGAAGUUGAGUUAUUGACUGUUGCGAUCGUUCACAUUCUUACAUCUGAGCUUUUGCUAAAUCAAAAAUACUGACGCAAGAAACGCAAGCUUUCGGUUCAUUGACAGUCAAUGUCUUACACUUUACGUACUUGCACUCCCAAAUUUCAUCGCAGUGCCGGACCAAAAUGCCAUUCUAAUGCAACGCUUUACCACGGAGGCAGAAUUGACUUUUAUUUCCUUCAUAAAAACGCCAGUUGCAAAACGUCAGCCCCGCUGCAACAUACCUUCCAGUUAACGACACCGUCAAUGCUCUCUGUGCGGGAAGCCGGAAGAAAACAAGAACGUCACUCAACUACCGUUGACUUCCUGAUUGACCGAGGGUAUGCGGCAUCCUCCAAAAUUGUGCAGCGCCCGGUCGACGAGAAGCGGAAAGCGUAAGAGGCUUGUGCCGCCCCGCGGCAAGAGUUUACGGCGCCGCGCUGAUGUUUCCUCAGCCAUUCUCCGCACGUGAGCACGCGGGGGACUAUAUGUUGCCUUCAGCAGCGGUUACAACACGGCGCUUGUUGUGAUUAUAGCGAUUAUACAAGGUGCGUGGUAGCCAAUACCGUCGAGAGCCGAUAUUGUUGUCAAAUUGGCGCCUGACUUGAUCAUCAGGUGCGUUUUAUAAAGGGAUUGAGGAUACACGGAAGUGCGAAACGUCGACUCUGCUCAGAAUAAAUCGAGAAGCAAAUGAGAUGGUGAUUGUUGUUGACAAUGAUAGCCAAUCCGAGCUGUUGGGUACCGAACCAAUUUAAUUGUGGCUUCUUGUGCCACAUCUCACGUUGCUUUCCCAAGAGUUUCUCGGUGUACACUAUCUUGCGGGUGUAAAAACUAUUUACGAACUGACAUUUACCAACUAUUGACGACUAUGCACGAACUGGCGAACGCAAUGCUGUAAUAACUCGUUGGUAACCACAGCUCAAUUCAACGUUGUUCGCUGCUAAUGGCGGACAUCCCUGCGGCACGAGAGGGAUAGCCCCAACCUUGUCUCCUGAUUUCCGCUAAGCACCGCUAGCGUGUGUCCUCCCCUGCUACGCACGGCGAUGCUGUGUUCAAGUGAACUCUAGAUCAAACUGUACCUCUUAGCAUCAUCCAUCGUUUUAGAAACGCUACGCAGCAAGCUGUACACAU